AUGUCUCCCAUGGCCACCUCCACCACCGCCUCCUCCACCCCGUCCGCCCUCUACCUCAUCGACGCCAAUUCCGAAGUGUAUGAAAAUGAUAUCCUGCGCGCCCCGGAAAACAUCAAAGCCUGGCUGGAUUAUGCCCACUUCAAGCGACAAUAUGGAMCUCUCCUCGAACAGAGUUUCGUGCUGGAACGCGCGUGCAAUGCGCUMCCUCGGAGCUACAAACUGUGGAUGAUGUAUCUCGAUCUUCGGGUGGGACAUCUCAAGGGAAAGAAUCCCGCGCGAUGGAAGUCGGAAUAUCAAAAAGUCAAUGCCUUGUUUGAACGGGCGUUGGUCYUGUUGAACAAAAUGCCCAAGGUAUGGGAAAAGUACCUCGAGUUUCUGUGCAAGCAGCCGCUCAUCACACACACUCGACGGACAUUCGAUCGCGCGUUGAGAGCGUUGCCCAUCACGCAGCACAAUCGGAUUUGGAUGCUGUAUCGGCCAUUUGCGCAUUCUGCGGGAGGAGACACGGCGGUCAAGGUGUGGAGGAGAUAUAUCCAACUCCACCCGGAGCAUGUCGAGGAGUUUAUUGAGUUGUUGGAGAAGGAGGGGAAAUACACCGAGGCCGUGCAGCAAUACAUGGCCAUCUUGAACAACCCCAAGUUCAAGAGCAGAGAGGCAAAGGGUCCCUUUCAGCAUUGGACGGAAAUGUUGGAAAUCUUGAUUGAUCAUGCCCGUGUGGUGCCCAAUCCGGUCCCAUUACCUGGAGGCAGUACCAUCUCCGUCGAGACCAUCAUUCGAUCGGGAUUGGAGCGCUUUCCGGAUCAAAGAGGCAUCCUCUGGGUGGGUCUCGCUCGAUACUACAUCAAUCGGGGUGCAUACGAACGAGCAAGAGACAUCUUCGAGGAGGGCAUCACAACGGUAAUGACCGUGCGAGACUUUAGCGUCGUCUUUGACACCUACGCUGAAGCGGAAGAAGCUCUCAUCUCCAUCAAGUUGGAGGAAUCGGCGAAACGGCAGGAAAAAGGCAGAGUCGAUGAGGACGCAGAUCUCGAUCUCGACAUUCGCAUGCUCCGAUUCGAACAGCUCAUGGACCGUCGACCGUUCCUCGUGAAUGAUGUCCUCCUCCGGCAGAACCCUCACAAUGUCGCGGAAUGGCAGAAACGAGUCCACCUUUGGGGAGGCAACAAAGCGAUGGUGGUUCAAACAUACGCCGAUGCAAUUGCUGCCGUAUCACCUAAGAAAGCAAUGGGCAAAUUUCACGAACUCUGGACAAACUAUGCCAAGUUCUACGAAUCUGGAAACGAUCUCACCAAUGCCCGCAUCAUCAUGGAGAAGGCGGUCAAGGUUCCCUACAAAUCGGUGGGAGAGCUGGCAGAGAUGUGGACGGAGUGGGCAGAGAUGGAGCUUCGGAAUGAGAAUUUUGACAGAGCAGUCGCAAUCAUGGCUUCAGCUACGAAAGCUCCCAAGAGAAGUAAUGUCGACUACUUUGAUGAAACGCUCUCCCCUCAGCAGCGUGUUCACAAGAGCUGGAAAUUGUGGUCAUUCUACGUGGAUCUUGUGGAGUCCGUCUCUUCUCUUGAUGAGACUAAAAAAGUCUACGAACGAAUCUUUGAACUGCGGAUUGCAACCCCACAGACUGUCGUCAACUUUGCAAAUCUUCUGGAGGAGAAUGAAUACUUUGAGGAAAGCUUCAAAGUAUAUGAGCGUGGAUUGGAUCUCUUCUCAUACCCCGUCGCCUUUGAACUCUGGAACCUUUACCUAACAAAAGCGGUCGACCGUCGCAUCUCCAUUGAACGACUCAGAGACCUCUUCGAACAAGCCGUAGACGGCUGUCCGCCUCGCUUCGCCAAAACACUAUACCUCAUGUACGGCGCUCUGGAGGAGGAGCGCGGAUUGGCAAGACAUGCGAUGAGAAUCUACGAGAGAGCCACCCGGGCAGUCGCGGAUGAGGACAAGGCAGAACUCUUCGAAUUCUACAUAACAAAAAGCGCGAGCAAUUUCGGACUUACAUCGACAAGACCAAUCUAUGAACGAGCGAUUGCGGCAUUACCCGACAAAGAUGCUGCGGGCAUGUGUGUGAAAUUCGCAGAGAUGGAGAGGAGGUUSGGCGAAAUCGACCGAGCACGAGCGAUUUGGGGACAUGCGAGUCAAUUCUGUGAUCCGCGAGUCAACCAGGACUUUUGGCGCAAAUGGGAGGCCUUUGAAGUGCAGCAUGGCAAUGAGGAUACUUUCAAGGAAAUGCUCCGGAUCAAGAGGAGUGUUCAGGCGCAGUUCAAUUCGGAUGUGGGAUUUAUUGCUGGUCAGGCCGUGGCGAGGCAGCAGGAAAUCGAAGCGAGUGGAGGUGGGGAGGUGGAUGAUGGCGGUGAGGAUGGUGAGGAUGAUGGGGAGAGGGCGGAUGCGAUGAGGGAAUUGGAACGGCAGGCUCGUGCUCCCGUGGGAUUUGUGGCUGCUAGUAGUGGGCCUGAAGGUGGGGAUCGGAAGAAGGGGGUUGAUGAGGGAGUGGUGGUUGUGGAGAAUGAGGAUGCUGUGGAGAUUGAUGAGGAUGAUUUGUGA